AUGAGUCAUUCUGACCUGAGCAACGGGGACAGCGCUCUCGGUCCCGCUGAGCAGGACGACGAGGACCUGGAGGCUGACACCUCCAUGGUCAUGGACACAGACAGUAAUGCAGAUGAGGAGGGGGCCGAUGAAAGCCGCGAUGGACAGGAGGGGCCGUCCCCUGGUGGGCACACGCAUGAAGAUGCUGCUGUGCACUGUGCCACUGUGCGAGCAGUCUCUGCCCCCUGCUCCCCCUCUGGCACCCGGCCUGGCUCUGGCUCCGGACCCGGCUCUGGCUCUGGCUCUGGCUCGGCGCUGGACUCUGUACCUUUCCAGAAGGCCAGUGAGAGGCCCAGCUCCUUGCCUCCCUCCAGCCCCAGGGCCCUCGCACACAAUGACUGGACUUAUGAUUGUGCUGUCUGCCCAGUGGAGCGCCAGCACCCAGGAAUGCAGGGAGACAAAGUAGAAGCAGCCAUGAAGCCAGUGAUCCACUCUGUGACCACCAGCCUCUGCACUUUAAAGAACAACGUGAAGAAAGAGGAUGGAGACAAGGUGGAGGACAACGGCCUUUCGUGUGACCAGUUGGUGCCAGACUGCAAGGCUGCACCACGACUGGAUGAGAGCAGGAAUGUGUCCGACGGGAGGCCACAAACACUCUCUUUACCAUCGGACAACUGUACGUUAAAAAAGAAGUUGGAUAUUUCGCCCUUUACUCCACCUGAAGAUGGUCUCCUGAAUGGUGGGAAAGUCGAGGAAGUCUCCGUAAAGAAGGAGAAGAUGAGUCAGAACCUGUUGCAGUGGACGGUGGCAGACGUAGCCAGUUACUUCUCUGCUGCAGGCUUCCCAGAGCAGGCUGUGGCCUUCAGAGCACAGGAAAUCGAUGGGAAGUCCCUUCUCCUCAUGCAGCGCAGCGACGUCUUGACUGGUUUGUCUAUCAGACUCGGCCCCGCCCUCAAAAUUUACGAGCGCCACGUAAAGGUGCUGCAGAGGACCCACUUCCUGGAAUACGAAGAUCUCUGAGGUGGUGAUUCACAACACGAAAGAGAAAAAUGCUGCAUUGACGUGAACGUGCAUGCAGUGCCCUCUCCCAUCUGGAUCCUGCCACCCACCUUCAUAUACAGUUUAUGCAGAGGGUGAGUGGGGGAGAACGGCUGUGGUGGAAGUAACUUUCGCUGUGAGAAUGACCAGAAACUGAAAGACGCCUCAUCCUACCUCUCAUUAUGGUCUUUGGUUUUCACAUAGUUGCCAUUUCACCCAUGUGACCUCAUUGUGGAGGAGCAGUGACCUUCCCACACGAGUGAGAUAUGGGUAAUGUAGUCGCUGAAGAGGACUCUCCCUUGCACCAAGUGCAAGGGAGUAUGGGAUGCGACACUUUCAGACAUUUUAGACUGCAGAGGGCUGUAGCAAAGUGUUGUCACGGUUUUGGGUCCAUAAGAAAAAGUUGUUUUGUUGCGGUUGUGAAAUGUCCAUCCGUGUCCUCACUACAUCUAUUCCAUUACACAAAGCACAUCUGAUGUGCGUUUCACUUAAACUCAUAUGAUGAGUGGACUUAAAUGGCAUGAAAGUGCUGGGGGACGUCAAACUUAUCGACAUCAAAAGCUGGAUUCCCUGACCCCUCAUGUCACCAAUUGCUGCUGAUCACAUCUCCGUGUUAUCUCUACGUAUCUAUGAGAUUCUGCAACAAGUUAAAUUGCUACUACUUGCUGGCAAGGCAAUAUAUUGUCUUUUUCUUUCUCCCACUUGUUUUAUCUUAUUUAGAAAAUGAAUGUGAUCCAACCUAAAACAGUUACAUUCUGAGAACAAUGUCAGAUGUGGCCAGUUUAUGUGCAGCCUAAUGGAAUAUGCUUUUUAUACGUGAAAUAAAAACAAUAAACAGGCCAGGUAUGCUGAUGUAAAACUGAAUAUAUGGUUUUAAAUUGAAUCCAGCUGCUCGGGAGUCCGUUUACAGGGCAGACACUUUGAUCAAAUGCAAUUUUAUGUUGUUAUCCUUGUAUGUAUAACUUGUUCAGCGUCUCCUCGUGUUCUUGAUCCAAGCCAGCCUCGCGAACUGUCACAUUCCAUAUGAUGUAGUCGACAUCUACCGCGUAUAUCUGCCCCCUUCCCAUGUCUGUAACAUUGAGACUUCUUCCAGAGUCACAAAUAAAGUUUGUGUCUCUCUGUUCA